AUGUACCUGUUUCAUAAAAUGGAAAACUAUGAAGUUUACCUGGGAAAUCAAUGGACCUACCUAAAAAUUUGGCUAAUUUUAUGCCUGUUUCCAAGAACCUGUGCAUUACAUCCUUCAAAACCUAACUUUUUACUGAUACUGGCUGAUGAUCUUGGUAUUGGAGAUGUGGGUUGCUAUGGUAAUGAUACAAUAAGGACCCCUAACAUUGAUGGCCUGGCAAAGGAUGGAGUGAAACUUACUCAGCACAUUGCUGCAGCGGCUGUUUGUACUCCAAGCAGAGCCGCUUUCCUGACUGGCAGAUACCCUAUCAGAACAGGCUAUUAUUCCUCUCUAGGCAUGGCAUCCAGCACUCAACGGCAGGUUCUUUUCUGGAAUGGUGGUUCAGGGGGUCUACCACCAAAUGAAACUACUUUUGCCAGAAUACUCUGCCAGCAAGGUUAUUCUACAGCACUUGUAGGGAAGUGGCAUAUGGGUGUGAACUGCAGAACUCGCCAUGAUCACUGCCACCAUCCUUUAAAUCAUGGUUUUGAUUACUUUUAUGGUAUGCCUUUUACCCUUGUGAAUGAGUGUCAAGGCACAGAUGACCCUGAAUUGGCCAAGUCUUUGCAAGAUACAUAUUGGUUUCACACUCAGAUGAUCAUCUCUGCAGUAUUUACUCUUGUGAUUGGAAAACUUGCCAAUUUAUUCCCAGUAAAAUGGAAAACGAUAAUCUGUCUGGCCAUCUGUGGUCUCCUUCAUUUCAUCUCCUGGUUCUCCAGCUAUGGUUUCACCAAGUACUGGAACUGUAUCCUGAUGAGAAACCAUGAUAUCACUGAACAACCGAUGAACCUACAAACAACUACUUCUAAUAUGCUGAAGGAGGCAAUUGCAUUCAUUGAAAGGAACAAGCAUAGACCAUUUCUUCUCUUUGUUUCCCUUUUACAUGUUCACACCCCUCUCAUCACCACAGAGAAGUUUCAGGGAAGAAGCAGGCAUGGCCUAUAUGGAGAUAAUGUAGAGGAGAUGGACUGGAUGGUGGGGAGGCUUCUGGAUGUUAUUGACAAAGAGGACUUGAAGAAUACCACAUUCAUUUAUUUUGCAUCUGAUCAUGGAGGAUUCUUAGAGGCUCACAGAGGAAAUUCUCAGUUGGGUGGAUGGAAUGGGAUAUAUAAAGUUCUCCAGUUUCUCACCCAUCCUAUAGAAGUUUUUUCUAAACUCCCUAUGACUGGCUUACAACACAGUGACAAAAGCUCUGUGGAAAUGAAGAUCUGUGGUGGAAAAGGAAUGGGAGGAUGGGAAGGAGGAAUCCGUGUUCCAGGUAUAGUUAGAUGGCCAGGAGUGCUGCCUGCAGGCACAGUUAUUGAUGAACCUACAAGCCUUAUGGACAUUUAUCCUACAGUAGUUCAACUGGCUGGAGGGGCAGUGCCUCAGGACAGGGUCAUGGAUGGGCACACCUUGCUGCCCCUGCUGCAGGGGACAGAGCAGCACUCCAGGCACGAGUUCCUGUUCCACUACUGCGGUGUGUUUCUGCAUGCAGUGCGCUGGCACCAGAAGGACAGUGGCACUGUAUGGAAAGCUCAUUAUGCUACUCCAGUAUUACAGCCAGAAGCCUCUGGGGCCUGUUUCAGAAGAGGAAUCUGUCCAUGUUUUGGGGAUGGUGUAACCCAUCACAACCCUCCACUGCUCUUCAAUCUCUCACAAGAUCCAUCUGAGGCAAAUCCUCUCUCAGCUGACACCGAGCCCUUAUUUGACACUGUGAUGAGGAGAAUAAGAAGGGCUGUGGAAGAACAUUACAAGACUCUGACUCCAGUCCCACAACAGCUGUCUCCUUACAAUAAUAUAUGGAAGCCAUGGCUGCAGCCAUGCUGUGGGACAUUCCCGUUCUGUUGGUGUCAUGAAGAGAAUAACAAAGUGUAG